AAGGAUUCCUGGAGGGCCAGCCCUCCUGUGGUCCCCCAUCUCCGCCUCAGUUUCCCCCACUCUUCUUUCUGUCCCACCCACCCUAUCAGGGGACCUCUGGCUCUGGAUCGAUUUCCCUCUUGUACUGUAGUUUCCUCCCUUAUGUUCUCAGCUUUGCUACUUUGGCCAAGCCAAUUAGCCGCUCUGAGCCUCAGUUUACCAUUUGUAAAAUGAAGUUUGAUUGACAGGUCACGUGUAAAGCGCCUGGCAUGGUGCAUGGUACAAAGUAGGUGCCCACUGUGUGGGGGGGAGCCUUGCAGGACCGAGUGAAAUCGAGGGCGCAGAGGGCUUUGCAGACUGGACAGGGCAGCGCACGAGUGAGCGGGUGAGCUCGGGACUGCCCGAGAGGGCGGGCAGGGUCGGUGGGUGCGGAGAUCUCUGGCGGCCCGGCCGCACCCCGCGGCCCCUCGGGGGUCCGCCCCGCUCGCUCCGCCCGGCCCCCUCGCCUCCCCUCCCGGGUCCGAGGCCAGCGAGCGGGCUGUGGGCGGGCCGGAGGCCGCAGGGGGCGUGCGGCGGCGGCAGGAAGGGGCGGGGGGCUCCUGAGCACCCGGCAGGAAGAGACGGACCCACCGACCGCCGCCGGCCCCGCGCGUCCCACCUCUGGAUCCCGCCAUGUGGGGUCUCCUGCUCGCCUUGGCCGCCUUCGCGCCUGCCGUCGGCCUGGGUCUCGGGGCGCCCAGCGCCUCCGUGCCGGACCAUGCGCCGCCUGCGACCACCGAGGCUCCGAUCUCGACCCCGGCCCAGCGGAGCAGCUCGGCACAGCCGCCCGCGGAGAAGAGUAAUGGGACCUCAGAACAGCAUGUCCGGAUUCGCAUCAUCAAGAAGAAAAAGAUCAUUAUGAAGAAACGAAAGAAGCUAACUCGCCCCACACCCCCGGUGACUGCUGGGCCUCCAGUGACCACCAACCCUGCAGAGGCCCUUGAUCUCCCUGAAAAGCAAGAACCAGGCUGUCCCCCUUUGGGCCUGGAGUCCCUGCGAGUUACAGAUAGCCAGCUCGAGGCAUCCAGCAGCCAGUCCUUUGGUCUUGGACCACACCGAGGACGGCUCAACAUCCAGUCAGGCCUAGAGGAUGGUGAUCUAUAUGAUGGGGCCUGGUGUGCCGAGGAGCAGGAUUCUGAGCCGUGGUUUCAAGUGGAUGCUAGGCACCCUACCCGCUUCUCAGGCGUUAUCACACAGGGCAGGAACUCUAUCUGGAGGUACGACUGGGUCACAUCAUACAAGGUCCAGUUUAGCAAUGACAGUCGGACCUGGUGGGGGAGUAGGAACCGCAGCAGUGGAAUGGACGCGGUAUUUCCUGCCAACUCAGACCCAGAGACACCAGUGCUGAACCUCCUGCCUGAGCCCCAGGUGGCUCGCUUCAUUCGCCUGCUGCCCCAGACGUGGCUCCAGGGAGGCGCAUCUUGCCUCCGGGCAGAGAUACUGGCCUGCCCUGUCUCAGAUCCUAACAGCCUGUUCCCUGAGGCCCCUGUGCUGGGAUCCCCCGACCCUCUGGACUUCCGGCAUCACAAUUAUAAGGCCAUGAGGAAGCUGAUGAAGGAGGUGAACGAGCAAUGCCCCAACAUCACCCGCGUCUACAGCAUCGGGAAGAGCCACCAGGGCCUGAAGCUGUAUGUGAUGGAAAUGUCGGACCAGCCUGGGGAGCAUGAGCUGGGGGAGCCUGAGGUGCGCUAUGUGGCCGGCAUGCAUGGGAAUGAGGCCCUGGGGCGGGAGUUGCUCCUGCUUCUGAUGCAGUUCCUGUGCCGUGAGUUCCUGCGAGGAGACCCACGGGUGACCCGGCUGCUCACUGAGAUGCGCAUUCACCUGCUACCCUCCAUGAACCCUGAUGGCUAUGAGACUGCCUUCCGCCGGGGCUCAGAGCUGGUGGGCUGGGCAGAGGGCCGCUGGAACCAGCAGGGUAUUGACCUUAACCAUAAUUUUGCUGACCUCAACACACCACUUUGGGAAGCAGAAGAUGAUGGGCUGGUGCCUGACACUGUCCCCAACCAUCACCUGCCACUGCCCACUUACUAUACCCUGCCCAAUGCCACUGUGGCUCCUGAAACGCGGGCAGUGAUCCAGUGGAUGGAGCGGAUCCCCUUUGUGCUGAGUGCCAACCUCCACGGGGGUGAGCUCGUGGUGUCCUACCCAUUUGACAUGACUCGGACCCCGUGGGCUGCCCGUGAACUCACGCCCACCCCAGAUGAUGCCGUGUUUCGCUGGCUCAGCACCGUCUAUGCCGGCACUAAUCGGGCCAUGCAGGAUCCAGAUCGCCGACCCUGCCACAACCAGGACUUCUCCUUGCAUGGCAACGUCAUCAACGGGGCUGACUGGCACACAGUCCCUGGGAGCAUGAAUGACUUCAGCUACCUACACACCAACUGCUUUGAGGUCACUGUGGAGCUGUCUUGUGACAAGUUUCCUCACGAGAAUGAACUGCCCCAGGAGUGGGAGAACAACAAAGAUGCCCUCCUCACCUACCUGGAACAGGUGCGCAUGGGCAUUGCAGGAGUCGUGCGGGACAAGGACACGGAGCUUGGGAUUGCUGAUGCUGUCAUUGCCGUGGACGGGAUUAACCAUGAUGUGACAACAGCGUGGGGCGGGGAUUACUGGCGCCUGCUGACCCCAGGGGACUAUAUGGUGACUGCCAGUGCUGAGGGCUACCACACAGUGACACGAAGCUGCCGGGUCACCUUUGAAGAGGGCCCUAUGCCCUGCAAUUUCCACCUCACCAAGACUCCCAAACAGAGACUUCGAGAGCUGCUGGCAGCUGGGGCGAAGGUGCCCCCAGAUCUUCGGAGGCGGCUGGAGCGGCUGAGGGGACAGAAGGACUAACACCUCCAGAAAAGCCCCAGAGCCUUGGGCAGGCUGGACCUGUCUAGAACUGAGGGAGGGGGGUUGAGA